AUGCGGCGCAGUCACCGUCACCCACAGCUUCGAAACAGUAAAGAUCCGUAUGUCUAUCAAGUCCUCCUGAACGGAUGUCGCCUUGGUUUCUACGAGCCGUUGAGGGAGUGUUUGACCUCUGUGCUCUACAAGGACUCAAAUUACCAGUCGCUUGGUGUCAACAUCUUCUCUGGUGCAGCGUCAGGCAUUCUCGGAGCAGCCGCCGGUUCCCCUUUCUUCCUCGUAAAGACGAGACUGCAGUCUUUCUCCCCAUUCCUUCCGGUCGGUACCCAGCACAAAUACAAACACUCGUUCGAUGGCCUUAGGCAGAUCUACGGCAACGAAGGAGUCAGGGGUCUUUAUCGCGGAGUAGGCGCUGCGAUGGUUCGUACCGGGUUUGGUAGUUCCGUUCAGUUGCCGACAUAUUUCUUCGCUAAACGGCGGUUGAUCAAACACCUUGGAAUGGAGGACGGCCCAGGGCUGCAUUUGGCUAGUAGCGCAUGCAGCGGAUACCAUCAUGUCGAGAAUGUAUAA